CAUAGUCUGAUGCAUUCUUAAAUACACAUUUUAUCCACAGAUGUGUGUCAUUGUAGAGUUUUCCUCUGGAUGGAGGCGGAGUCAAUUCCUCUGACGUCAGAGCCCACCUCUUCCUGUCAGAAAGGCAACUUCACCAUAUUUAGCUGGCUCGCCGAAGCCCCGCAGAGUUGAUCUGUCAACCGGACAGAAAAAAAACGCUUAGACACGGCUGCUGACCGGUGUUGACAGCUUUAUUCCACCGGCACCGGGAUAAAAAACAACAACAUCAUAAAACUCCAGAAGAAGAAGAAGACGCCGCUGCAAUAUGGUUGCUCGGGAAACGGUGCCGUGUCACCGGCUGUUUUUAACGCUAUUAAAGUAACCGUCGUCUGCCACAAUUUCCAACUAUAACGUUGUCAAACCGCCGAGCUAGCCACUCGGUUUAUUUCUAUUAAAAAUAAUAAUAACAAUAAUACUCCGAAGCAGCUCGCUGUGCUGUCCGUUCAUCGUUCGGUAGGAGUCGGACUCGGUGACCCCGCGGUGAUAAUCUCCUGACGGCUCCUCUCGUCCCGGUACUCCCGUUACUCCCCGGCCGGCGAGCUAACGUUAGCUUAGCUAACCAACAGUUGAGCAACUAGUCGCAUCCUCCGCGGGAGUGAAAUCCCCCCCUUUUUUCGGUUGACCGUGUGUGGACCGCCGGGGGACGCUGAAGCCCCCCAACCCCCUCCCCCCUUACCUCCACGGCCGGUAAAACGACCGGUUGGACCGCCCCCCCCCCCCCCUCUUUUUUUUGACAAUCCGCGGUGGGGGGCAAGAGAAGCAGAGAACAGGACACUCCGCCUUUCGGCGCUGCCGAAGGAGACACCGGGUAGAACGGGGGAAGAGUCCCGACCGGUUGACUGCGGUGAUCCGGGGAACGAUCCCGGACAGAGACCUCAUGAAUGGAAAUCGGAACUACAGGAGCCGUUGGGGCCCAGUCCCUGUUCUCCAUGCCUCGGCGGCCCGGCUUUGGCACAAUGGGGAAGCCCAUCAAGCUGCUGGCCAACUGCUUCCAGGUGGAGAUCCCCAAGAUGGACGUCUACCUCUACGAGGUGGACAUCAAGCCUGACAAGUGCCCCCGUCGAGUCAACAGAGAGGUCGUCGACUCAAUGGUGCAGCACUUUAAGGUGACGAUCUUUGGGGAUCGCAGGCCAGUCUACGAUGGAAAGAGGAGCCUGUACACAGCCAACCCGCUGCCGGUGGCCCCCGCAGGGGUGGACCUAGACGUCACUCUACCGGGCGAAGGGGGGAAAGAUCGCCCCUUCAAAGUCUCCAUCAAGUUUGUGUCUCUGGUCAGCUGGCACAUGCUCCACGAGGUGCUGACCGGCCGCAGCAUGGCCGAGCCGCUGGAGCUGGACAAGCCCAUCAGCACCAACCCGGUGCACGCGGUGGACGUGGUGCUGCGGCACCUGCCCUCCAUGAAGUACACUCCGGUGGGUCGGUCCUUCUUCUCGGCUCCUGAGGGCUAUGACCACCCACUGGGAGGCGGGAGGGAGGUUUGGUUCGGUUUCCAUCAGUCUGUGCGCCCCGCCAUGUGGAAGAUGAUGCUCAACAUUGAUGUGUCGGCCACCGCCUUCUACAAGGCUCAGCCGGUCAUCCAGUUCAUGUGUGAAGUGCUGGACAUCCACAACAUAGACGAGCAGCCACGCCCCCUCACAGACUCCCACCGGGUCAAGUUCACCAAAGAAAUCAAAGGCUACGCCACCACCUUCCAUGAUUCACCAGGUCUGAAGGUGGAGGUGACGCACUGUGGAACCAUGCGGAGGAAGUACCGCGUGUGCAACGUGACCCGUCGGCCAGCCAGCCACCAAACGUUUCCUCUCCAGUUGGAAAAUGGUCAGACUGUAGAGCGCACCGUAGCCCAGUACUUCAGGGAGAAGUACAACCUGCAGCUUAAAUACCCACAUUUGCCCUGUCUACAAGUGGGCCAGGAGCAAAAGCACACCUACCUGCCCCUGGAGGUGUGCAACAUUGUAGCCGGGCAACGGUGCAUCAAGAAGCUGACGGACAACCAGACCUCCACCAUGAUCAAAGCCACGGCUCGCUCUGCACCCGACAGACAGGAGGAGAUCAGCCGGCUGGUUCGCAGCGCCAACUACGAGGCGGACCCUUUUGUGCAGGAAUUCCAGUUCAAGGUGCGCGACGAGAUGGCCCACGUGACGGGGCGAGUGCUCCCCGCCCCCAUGCUGCAGUACGGCGGCAGGGUGAGCACAGAGCACUUUAUGAACCGCACGGUAGCCACACCCAGCCACGGGGUGUGGGACAUGAGGGGGAAGCAGUUCCACACCGGGGUGGAGAUCAAGAUGUGGGCCAUCGCCUGCUUCGCCACACAGAGGCAGUGUCGGGAAGAAAUACUCAAGGGUUUCACAGACCAGCUGCGUAAGAUCUCCAAGGACGCCGGGAUGCCCAUCCAGGGCCAGCCGUGCUUCUGUAAGUACGCGCAGGGAGCGGACAGCGUGGAGCCCAUGUUCAGACACCUGAAGAACACCUACUCGGGACUGCAGCUCAUCAUCGUCAUCCUGCCGGGGAAGACGCCCGUCUACGCCGAGGUGAAGCGUGUGGGAGACACCCUCCUGGGCAUGGCCACGCAGUGCGUCCAGGUGAAGAACGUGGUGAAGACGUCCCCCCAGACCCUCUCCAACCUCUGCCUCAAGAUCAACGUGAAGCUGGGGGGCAUCAACAACAUCCUGGUGCCUCACCAGCGACCAUCAGUGUUUCAGCAGCCGGUUAUUUUCUUGGGAGCGGAUGUUACGCAUCCACCCGCUGGAGACGGGAAGAAGCCCUCAAUUGCUGCAGUGGUAGGCAGUAUGGACGCCCACCCCAGCAGGUACUGUGCCACUGUGCGGGUCCAGAGGCCCCGGCAGGAGGUCAUCCAGGACCUGGCCUCCAUGGUGCGGGAAUUGCUCAUCCAGUUCUACAAGUCGACCCGCUACAAGCCCACCAGGAUCAUUUUCUACAGGGAUGGAGUUUCAGAAGGCCAGUUCAGACAGGUGCUUUAUUAUGAGCUGCUGGCCAUUCGCGAGGCCUGUAUCAGCCUGGAGAAGGAGUACCAGCCAGGCAUCACAUACAUAGUUGUGCAAAAACGCCACCACACGCGGCUCUUCUGUGCCGACCGCAACGAGAGAGUUGGACGUAGUGGAAACAUUCCUGCUGGCACCACCGUGGAUACGGACAUCACGCAUCCGUACGAGUUUGACUUUUACCUCUGCAGUCAUGCUGGAAUACAGGGCACCAGCAGGCCCUCCCACUACCACGUGCUGUGGGACGACAAUUGUUUCACCGCCGACGAGUUCCAGCUGCUCACGUACCAGCUGUGCCACACCUACGUGCGCUGCACCCGCUCCGUCUCCAUUCCCGCGCCAGCCUACUACGCCCACCUGGUGGCCUUCCGUGCGCGCUACCACCUGGUGGAUAAAGAACAUGACAGCGCCGAGGGCAGCCAUGUGUCCGGUCAGAGCAACGGUCGGGACCCCCAGGCGCUGGCCAAAGCUGUUCAGAUCCACCACGACACCCUGAGGACCAUGUACUUCGCCUGAGCCACAGCGACCAUCGCCACCCUUUUACACACACACACACACACACACACACACACACACACACACACAUGACCAGGCACACCUGGCUCGCAUUUCAAGGAGUCCUCAUAUCUGCCCCCCCCCAAACACCCUACAUGCAGAAGUCAAUCCGGACCUGACACUGUGCAGAGCAAAGGAGGGAGGAGAGGAGACACCCCCACAUUGGACUGAGGAUGCAAACGCUGCUUCAAAACUAAAGAAAAAGAGAAACUCUGCACUAUUAUGCAAUAUUUAACGAGCCAACUAGUUUAUUUUCUCCAUCAUCGGGCCCCGUUCUCAUUGCCCCUCCUCCCUGUUUGUCUCCUGUUUACUGGCCUUCUCAUUUGUAACUUCCCCUUUGAGCCCAGUCUCUCUUUACAGCCUCCUCAGUAUUUUGCUCCUUUGCCAUCUCUACAGUACCUCACGUCAGUUUGAGCAGCAGCACUUUUACUUCCUGUCGAUCCCCCCCCCCCCCCCCCCCCCCCUCUACACCAGGGGGAAUAUAUUUUUUUCAUUGGACCAGGGGUCCUUCCAGUUGCCACUUUAAUAUUUUCCUUUUUCCUCUUGUUUCCUCCUCUCUUUUUACUGAUGUGAGAAAUGGUCUCUUCUAUGGAGCACACUGCCACCUGUUGGCUACGAGGUAUAAACGCCCCUUUACAGUCACAACAACAAAUACUCGUCCUGCUACUUUAGCAGUCAGCUGCCACACACACCCGUCUAUGGAUUUUAUUUAAAGUAUAACACUGUUAUUUUUAUCGGGUUGUAUUUUGCUUCAACAGUAUGUGAAACAUUUUAUAAUUCUUACUCUUUUUAAUUAUUUUCAUUCAAACCAUGUAAGCUUAUGUUUUUGAUCUCAGUAGUUUAUCACACAUUUGGCUCUCUCCCUCACAGCAUGGCGGGUAGAAAUCACAGCAAUGGUUUCCUCUAGUGCAAUAAUCAGUUGAAUGAUGGGAAGCGGGUUUUAGGGGACCUAUGAAUGAUUUAGAAGAGCCUUCGGACCUUUUAUUUGUCAGUGAGUGUCCUCUACAGGACAGUUUGCCAUAUGAUUGAUCAUGUUUUAUGACUCUGCCCAUGAUGUUGGGCGAAAAUGGUGCAACCAGAGUUUUUUUGUGGUUUUCAUGUUUUUACUUGAAACGAAGGAUUUUAUGUGGCUCAUUGUUUUGAGAAUACUUCAUCAUCAGUGUGCAUCAUUUCCAAUUCCCCGAUCCUCGGUUUGCUAGUGGAGUCACACGCUGGGUGCAAAGGCCGUAAAGUAGUAGUGUUCAAGUGCCUGGUGGGAGCUUAGUGUUAAAGGGUCACACAACUCGUUGCUGUUUCAGUGGGUUAAAAGGAUCACAAAGCAUAUUCCAACAUACGGACGGCAUCAGAUGGUUUAAAGCGAGAAACUGUCCUCCGAUGCCGCUUAUAUACUUUUCUAUAGAUGUCGUUCAAAUCCCACGGAUAUCGAAGGUUCCCUUUUUGUUCACUCAGCAGUGCUGCUACGGUGCGUUUGUAUCAGGUCACUAAUUGUUUCAAUAAGUGGCCUCCACUGUAAUCCGGGAUGCAGGAGGUGGUUCGAUUCCCGUCCACGUAGACGGGCCAAAGUAGUGACCCGCUUUACAAAACUUCCGGGGGGGGCGCGGGACGAGUUGUUGGCAGCAGCUGACCGUUGAUUUGGGGACUGAAUGCACGUGGUGGUGCUAUUGUUGUCUCAACUAGAAGAUGAACUUCUAGGUGGGGGACGUAGAAGGAAUGAUGCUAACGGGGGGGGGGGGGCAGGCGUUCCCUCCGUCAGUGGGUUACAGCCCUCAUGAUUUUCACUGUAAGCCUUUUUAAAAGCCAGAUCGAAAGUAUAUUUGUACAUUUUCAAUUUCGUGACGCGCGCCACUUAUUUUUGCUAACAAAAAAAAUGGUCAAACUAAUAAUUUUCGUAAUAGAUGUAUGAUGACAUGUGAUGGUUAGAGUUUAUUAUUGCAAUAGAUCGUUGACUUGUUCCUGUAUAUGAUGUGGGGUUUGUGUUAACAGUCGGUGGG